AUGUGUGAGCAGGCAGCGCGCUACUGUAGGGACGGAGUCCACAAACUGCUGAACAAAGAACAAGCCAAACUUCGAGCCCAGGAAAGCCGAGAGCAGCCGAUACCCGUAACCGGUGAGGACAGCGAGUCCGCCACGGCAGCGCAGUCCGGAAACAGCGGCGCCCAGCCCGGUGGAAUCGACGGGCUCGUCCGCUGGAUCGUCACCAAAAUGAGCGACAACAAGAACAUCUCCAGCCGGGAGUACGCCUCCAGCAAGGAGGACGUGGCCGUGGCUCAGGAGCAGUUCUUCGCCCCGGAGCCGCGCAGAGGCAUCUCCGUUAUUUUGGAUAUAUUCAGAAGAGCUGACAAAGAUGAUGAUGGUAAGCUGUCUCUGGAUGAGUUCCAGGCUUUCUUCUCCGAUGGCACGCUGAACGAGGAAGAGCUGGAGAAGCUGUUUCACACCAUCGACUCUGAUAACACCAGUAAUGUUGACACUAAGGAACUCUGUGACUACUUUGCCAAGCACAUGGGGGACUAUGAGGGAGUUCUGGCCUCGCUGGAAACACUCAACCUUUCCAUCCUCAAAGCCAUGGACUUCACCAAGAAGGUUUACGAGGGUGGAACCAACGUGGAGCAGUUUGUGACCCGUUUCCUUCUGAAGGAAUCAGCAAAUCAGAUCCAGUCUCUUCUGAGCUCCGUGGAGAGUGCCGUGGAUGCUAUUGACGAGCAACACAGCCAAUCAGGUCAUCUACCUGCCAAGGUGAGUCCACGGAUGUCAGAGAGGCGCAACGAGAACACCGUCCCUGACUAUCCCCCCAACAACAGAGUCAGUGCCAGAACCAUCAACACUGCCUCAGGUGCAGUCGAGGUGAGGAAAGAAGGCCUGGACAGUCAGAUCAACCGCCUGGCCGAGCUGAUUGGACGACUGGAGAACAAGACAGUCUGGUUUGAUCUGCACCAGAGGCUAACAGACACAGAUGGUACUACCAACGCAUCCUUGCUGCUGAUUCGUCAGGAGAUGGUGGUUUCCCAGAAGAAGCUUGGCGACUUUUGUGAGGCUCUGAAGCAAUACCUGAAGAACGUGUCCACACAGAGAGACUGCUUUCAUGUGACUGCUGUGCGUCUGCCGGACGGUCUAUCCUUUGUCGUCUACGAGUUCUGGGAUGGAGAGGAGGAGUGGAAGAGGCACCUCCAGUCGGCCCCCAACAAAGCCUUUCAGCAUGUGAAGGUGGACACACUGUGCCAGCCGGAGGCGAUGUCCUCCGUAGCCGUGCCAGCCGCUUGGUGCAGUGUGAACCGGGACUGA